UUACGUAGUUCCAUACAUGUGACUGACUGUCAUGGCAGCUCCUACCUGUAAACUGUAACUCCUCCUGGCUUUCUUCAGAACCAUCUCUCGCGCUUCGGGAUUCUGUAAAUAUGAGUAAAUAUUUAGUUGGACUCGGACGCUCGUUCGCGCGCCUCCAUGUCCGUUCAUGUCACCAGAGCAUUUAUAGCAGGAACUCCAACCCACGGAGAGUGGGAGUAGACCUUGGAGAGAAGAAACUUGAAAUCUCUUCAGGGAGUUUGGCCAGAUUUGCUGAUGGGUCUGCUGUAGUACAGCUGGGAGACACCUCAGUGAUGGUGACCGCCGUCAGCAAAACCAAACCGUCGCUGUCUCAGUUCAUGCCACUUGUUGUGGACUACAGGCAGAAAGCAGCUGCUGCGGGUCGAAUCCCCACCAACUAUUUGAGACGAGAGCUGGGCACUACAGACAAUGAAAUCCUCACCAGCAGACUCAUCGAUCGCUCGAUAAGGCCACUUUUCCCUCCUGGGUACUUUUAUGACACUCAGGUUCUUUGUAACCUGCUUGCAGUUGAUGGUGUCAAUGAUCCAGAUGUUCUAGCAAUUAAUGCAGCUUCGGCUGCUCUGGCUCUGUCGGACAUCCCUUGGCAUGGACCCAUAGGUGCUGUGAGAGUCGGCAUGGUUGAUGGAGAGCUGCUGGUCAACCCCACCAGGGCAGAGAUGGCGUCCAGCAGUCUGAACCUUAUUGUGGCCGGAGCCCCCAGCAGUCAAGUGGUGAUGAUCGAGGCGUCGGCCGAGAACGUGCUGCAGCAGGACUUCUGCCAUGCAAUGAAGGUGGGAGUCAAACACACUCAGCAGAUCAUACUGGCCAUCCAGCAGCUGGUGCGGGAGCAGAAGAUCACCAAGCGAACGCCGGUGAAGAUGUUCUCUGUUCCCACGGAGAUGGUGGAACACGUGCGGCAAUUAUCUGCUGAGAGGAUCUAUGCUGUUUUUACAGAUUAUACACAUGAUAAGAUUUCAAGAGAUGAAGCGAUCAAUAAAGUUCGACUAGAAACCGAGGAAAACAUAAAAGAAAAAUUUCCGCAGGCUGAGCCGUUUGAAGUCAUCGAAUCGUUCAACGCCGUGAGCAAAGAGGUCUUCCGAAAUUUAGUGCUUAAUGAAUACAAGAGAUGCGAUGGGAGGGAACUGACGGCUUUAAGGAAGAUUUCCUGCGAAAUCGACCUCUUCAAGCCACUCCAUGGCUCCGCUCUGUUUCAGAGAGGACAAACUCAGGUGCUUUCCAGUGUUACAUUUGACUCCCUGGAGUCGAGCGUCAAGACGGAUAUCAUCACUACGGCUCUGAGUGGCAUCAAAGACAAAAACUUCAUGCUUCAUUAUGAAUUCCCUCCGUACGCAACGAAUGAGACCGGGAAGAUGGGAGGACUCAACAGGAGAGAACUCGGACACGGCGCUCUUGCUGAGAAGGCUCUGAGGUCCGUCAUUCCUAAAGAUUUCCCUUUCACCAUCAGGGUCACAGCUGAAGUGCUGGAGUCAAACGGAUCGUCUUCAAUGGCUUCGGCAUGUGGUGGCAGCCUGGCUCUCAUGGAUUCAGGUGUUCCCAUCUCCUCUGCAGUGGCAGGUGUCGCCAUCGGUCUCAUCUCCAAGGCGAACCCGGAGAAACCAACCGAGAUAGAAGACUACAGAUUGCUGACAGAUAUUCUGGGAAUAGAGGACUAUCUGGGAGACAUGGACUUCAAGCUGGCAGGAACAAACAAAGGCAUCACUGCUUUACAGGCUGAUGUGAAGAUUCCAGGUUUACCUCUAAAGGUGGUCAUGGAGGCGAUUCAGCAGGCUACAGUGGCAAAGAGGGAAAUAUUGGGCAUUAUGAACAAAUGUAUAGCAAAACCCAGAGAGAACAGGAAGGAGAACGGACCUGUUGUUGAAAAUGUCCAGGUGCCUGUGUCUAGGAGAGGUCGCUUUGUUGGUCCAGGAGGAUAUAACCUUCGCAGAAUUCAGGCUCAGACAGGCGUUACAAUAAGCCAGAUGGACGAGGAGACUUUUUCUGUGUUCGCCCCGACACCUGGAGCGAUGAACGAAGCCCAAGACUUCAUCAAAGACAUCUGCAAAGACGAUCAAGAACAGCAGCUGGAGUUUGGAGCUAUCUACACUGCCACAAUCUCAGAAAUAAGGGACGUUGGAGUUAUGGUGAAACUUUAUUCUAACAUGACUCCAGUCCUGCUGCACAAUUCCCAGUUGGAUCACAAACGAAUUAAACAUCCCAGUGCUUUGGGCUUAGAGGUGGGACAGGAGAUACAGGUAAAGUACUUUGGUCGAGAUCCAACAGACGGAAGAAUGAGGCUGUCCCGGAAGGUGCUUCACUCCCCUGCUGCAACCGUUGUCAAGACACUGAGUGAGAAGCAGAGCAUCUCCAUGGGCGCCAGCAGCAUCCACAGGGACAGCAGCGAUUCAUGACCGGGUGCCACAGCAGGCGUUGCCUGACAAAAAGGGAUUCACUCUGUGGCGAUGUCUUUAGGGCAAAGACUUGACGGAGAAGGCUGCCAGAGGGAGAUGUUUUUGUGAACUGAAAAAGCAGACGUGAAGAUGACAGAGAUGCUGUUAGACGAAACAAGUAACCUGGUGGCAAUCUGCCUUAGGAGCACAAAGUGAGAGAGAAAAGUAGCUGUCGUCUUGGUACUGAUCCUUUUUUAUGUCGUCUCAGUGCAUGAAACGGUUUGGAGAUCUGUUCACCACAUCGCAGAUCAACUCCGCUUUUAUUACUCACACCUGAGUUACAGUACUGGCUCUUUUUGAUCUGCAGCUCCAUAUUUAAUAUCUACGUGUUUAUAAUGUGCACUGACAGACUGCCGGGAUCAAAAUAUGGACACAAUAAUGCGGAAGACAUAGCCAAGACAUUUGUCUUGUGUUAUGUUUGUAGUUUGUAAGUGAUCUGUAAAUAAAAGAAUUUCAGGUUCUUUUAUAGUA